ACGCCAUUAUAUCCCACCUAUACAGAGGCGCACGGAAGUAAAGCAUCCCCCAAUCAGUCGUCACGCACACAGGUCACGUUUAUAGCGGCGCCUUUCAUUUGACACGCGAUUUGAAUGACACCCAGAAUAAUCCAAUCAUAACGUGGGCCUCAAGUUAUCCGACGUGCUUUCUUUGAAUGAGCAAAAAAUAUAUAGAAGGGAUGGCAGCGAUAGGUACGUGGGCUUUCUCUCAGUCUGCGGUGGAGAAGAUGCAGCGGAUGAUAUCGGCCGGAGAGCAUGCCACCGACGCUGUAGAAGAGGCUAUGGCAGAGGUGGAGGAUGACCUGGAGACCGGGCGCUUCGUCGUGGGACGGGGUGGCUUCCCGAACAGUGCCGGCGUGUUGGAGUGCGACGCGGCAAUCAUGGAGGGCCAGCCUGGGCGUUUUGGUGCAGUCGCGGCUUUACGAGGAGUGGGGACCCCCAUCCGCGUGGCACGCCGGGUGUUGGAUGGCAGCCUGCACAGCAUGCUGGUCGGGGAGGGAGCCUCUGCAUUCGCCCAGGAACGAGGAUUUUCCCUGGAGCCUGACAGUCACAUGCUGAGCGCGCCCACGGCCGCUGCUUACCUGGAAUUUCUUCAAAAGCGGAAAAGCGUCCCUGGACAUGACACUCUGGGGCUCAUUGCACUAGAUCUGAAGGGAAACAUCACUGUGGGUGUGUCCAGUUCUGGGAUGCCCUUCAAGGCCCCUGGGAGGGUGGGCGACUCUCCACUGCCAGGCUGUGGUCUAUAUGCAGACCAAAGGGUGGGAGCUGCAGCAGCCACAGGUGACGGGGAUCAAAUCCUGUCCUACUGCCCGAGUUUCCAUGCUGUGCAGCUGAUGAAGCAGGGCCGGGCACCUGCAGAGGCCUGUGAGGCUGUCCUCAGGGACAUCGCUCAGAGACUCGGCACAGAUGAAGGCUUCGAGAUUGGCCUGGUGGCCAUGAACAUGAAGGGGGAAGUGGGAGCAGCCUCCUCGUUGGAAUUCCCAUACACAUUCUGGAACUUCGGGAUGGCUUCCGUGGAGAAAUGCAUUCAGAAUCCAGUGACCUGGGUCAGUCUUUCUGCAAAUCAACAACAGUGACUCGUCUAGCUUUGCACAUUCGUACAUUUAACACUGUGUGAUUAUACGUCUAUAAAUGAUAUUUUAUAAGGAAACUAACCCAUAGUCCUCCAUUUAGUUUCACUUUCCUUUACGCGAAAGGGGUCCAAUUCCCAGAACUAUGAUGACAAGCCUUAAGUGAAACUUAAAAACUGAUGCUAUGUUACGGAUUAGGUAGUUAAUCUUAUUGUACAUGCAAGUCUCCUGCCAGACAUUAAUGAGGUUGUGCAAAACACUGACUGACACUAUUUUAUCUUGAUUUAAGCUGGGGGUGUGACUGUCCUGGUCCAGCCACCCCGUGCUGUUCAUUCAUGGCCCCUUUGCCUUAUUCCCAGUCAUAUGAGAUUGAGCUGUGCUUUCUCUCAUAAAGAGGAACUCUGCCUAAGACAAUGGCUCAUUGUAGCACUUGAAGUAUUGAUUCUCCUGGUAUUAAUUCUGAAACAGCUGUCAGUUGUUCCCCCCCCCCCCCACCAUUUUUCUUGAGCCUCACAUAAAGUCUCUGAGUCUUCUUCCCCUUACCAUGCGUUUCUCUUCUUGGAAUUCUUGGAGUGCCGGAAAUAUGAUCCUAUUGACCAACUGAAUGAUACACAGCUUCUGUUGCACUCCUGCUCUAUGUGCAUUUAAACAUGUUUAAUGUUUCAAUUCAAAUUGAGCAUAUAUUUGUCAUAAAGCAAUAACAUUUCUGUUUCAACAGCUGACGUGGUGUUUUUGUUCUAUUUUCAAUUAAAUAUGGGUUGAUUAUGA